AAAAAUAUAUUAAAAAGGAAACCACAUAUGAAUGCUCGAUUGAAGAGAGUAAGUCCAGAAAAUACUCCUGUGUACGGUUCCCGUACUCAGGAUCGGAGGGACUCGUCCGCGGAUGCCCAACAUUUUUUGCCGGCGUUCGGUUCGCUAUUCAGCCAACUCGGYCACCACUCCCGCCCACCCAGGCUGUACCAGGAGGCCGACUACCUGCCCGAGCUGACACCGUACCUGCAAACGGCCGCGGCGUCCAACCAAGAGAACGCCAUGCUGGGUUCCGGCAAUUUCGGUGUCAUCCCCGGUGGCACGUACUACGCGGCCGGCGAGACAGCGUCCGUAUCCGAUCCGUACCUGUACGACGGCAACAGCCAUGGACGACCACACCGGUACGUUCAGGGGCAUCGAAUAAAUGGCAAUAGGUUUUCCGGAAAUCCUAGACCAUCAGCAUUCCGUGAUCCAGAUGACUUCUUUGCAGGGUUCCGAGAUUUCGCGGACAUCACAGCUCCGACCAAGUCAUCAUUCUCACAAUACCAUAUGGUAUACGCCCCAAUAGAGGAUUUACCGUCCAGUGAAGAAAAGAUCAAAUMGAAAAAGAAAAGGAAGUUAAACAAACAUUUGGAGAACGAAAACGAUAAAACAAUUAAGGCUAAAAGAAAAAUAUACGCGGGUGAAAAAGAAUUAUACGAGCCAAUGAUUGCAUUAAGUUAGUCGGUUUAAUAUAAGAACAAAUGAGUAAUGAAAAUAUUAUUAUUAUUUCGAAGUACAAAAUAUUGGCAUUUUUUCUAUCGACUAUAUAGAGGUACAUAAGGGCUGUAACUACCAAAGUGCGCAUGAGCUCGAUUACUUCAUCACAUCGCUUUGGCAUUUAAAAUGCUUUAUUUAACAAAAAAAACCAUCUAAAACAUGGUUUCCCAAUGUACUAUAUACUAUUAUACUGUGUUAAUAUGUUAUUACUUAUAUUAAUAUAAUAUAUUAUGAAUUACGGCGUAUUAA